GUACAGACCUGACUUUCUUCACAAUCACCUCCGCAUUCAAUCAGUUGCCAGCAUCCUACAGCUCAUCCAGAGCUGGCAACAGGAAUGAUGAAAUUCCUCACCGCCGCGUUGUCCUGCGUAGGGCUACUGCAGUAUGUCGCUGCUCAAGGCGCAUAUCUAUACACCGUCGACCGCAAAGUGAUGUCCUCAUCAACGGCGAUGAUCGACUCCGAGAUGGCGAGCGCAAUCAUCUCCAGAAGAAGAGCCCUGACAGAAGACCGAUACCUUGGAAUAACCAACGAGAUGUUACUGCAAGACAUCGACGCAUACGGAGGUCACCAGGCACCGCUUUUCGCGAAUGGCAAGAAAACCGACGCACCAGGCAAAUUGUUCAUAAGAAUAACAGGAGUGGAUUUGAAAAUCAAUGAUCUUGAUGCAGCCAUGCCUGAUCUAUGGAUUCAGGAGCCGACGAAAGACCUUCUUACAGACUUCAAAGCUGUACCAAGCCGACAAGAGAAGGAUAACAUCUGCGAGUACAUCGUACCUCCCAGUCUCAACACACCAAAUGCUCAGGGAGUGGAAGUGGUUUUUUCGUAUCCUCUGGAAGACGAGAAAACAUGCCUCGCCGCCUCCGAGAUCCCAAACACCCCCGUCAUUAUGACCCUUCACGGCUUCCUACCCAGCAAACCCUCAGAGGCCAAGUCGAAGCUUGGAUCUCUGAUCCGCAUCCUCAAGCACUUCUCCGCCACCGAAAACGUUGAGUCCACCCUUCUAUUCCUCCCAUCGAAGCUCUCCGCGCCGUCCAAGAGCCAUCACAAUCGCGCCCGCGCCGCCCAAGAGACGGAAGAAGAACGCCUCGAUCUCCCAUCAUCGACCGCGGCGUUGGUGUUCGACACACUAGCAUCGUCAAACGCCUCCGACAACUUCACUUUACCAUCCGUGAUCCCACAGUGCUUCUCCUCGCAAUCUUCUUGCCAGAACACCACGAACUUCUGCUCCGGCCGCGGCAACUGCUACAGAGCACAUACCAACUGCUUCAAGUGCCGCUGCGGGACCACGAUCGCUCACGUGAACCAGGACGGCACGAAGAAGACCACACAGUGGGGUGGUGCGGCAUGUGAAAGGAAAGACAUCAGCAUACCUUUCAUCCUCUUCGCCAGCUUCGGCAUUGCCAUGACAGCCUUGAUUUCAGGCGCGAUAGGUAUGCUUUAUAGCAUGGGCAGUCAAGAAUUGCCGAGCGUGAUUGGUGCUGGUGUGGCUGGGCCGAAAGCUGGCAAGUAGAUUCUCGGAGCAGGGGAGGAUUCAUCUGUUUGUUGCGCUGGGUGGAAAUCCUGUGCUGCUCUAGAAAUGCGGUAAUGAAGCUCUGAUGUCUCAACACUGUGUGGUCUGUCCGCUUCGAUGUAUUGUAUAGAUGUUACUCUUAUCAUGCUGGACCAUCAGGCCUGGGAAUAUAAAUGAAAUGCAAUGGGACUUGAAACAAGGAU